GCGGCAAAUAUGUCUGUCCGCUAGUCAAGUGUGUGUUCAAAAACGCUAGCCAAAAUGUCUUAAAGUUGGGAUUUUAGAAAUUCAAAUUCAUUGUGUUUCUAUUACAACGGGAGACAUUUUAUAGCAGCUCAUAAUUAAUGCGUGACAACUGAAGAAAAAUGACGUCCAUUAUAAAGCUGACAGCCGUGUCAGGGGUUCAGGAGGAGUCGGCCCUUUGUUAUCUGCUGCAGGUGGAUGAAUUCCGCUUCCUCCUGGACUGUGGCUGGGAUGAGAACUUCUCCAUGGACAUCAUUGAUGCUAUGAAACGAUAUGUUCAUCAAGUCGAUGCUGUGCUCCUCUCUCAUCCUGACCCCAUACACCUGGGAGCCUUGCCAUACGCUGUGGGCAAACUCGGCCUAAACUGUACCAUCUAUGCCACCAUUCCCGUCUAUAAGAUGGGACAGAUGUUCAUGUAUGAUCUAUAUCAGUCUCGAAACAACAGUGAAGAUUUCACACUCUUCACUCUUGAUGAUGUGGACUGUGCUUUUGAUAAAAUCCAGCAGCUGAAAUACUCUCAGAUUGUCAACCUGAAAGGCAAAGGACAUGGUCUCUCCAUCACACCACUUCCAGCUGGUCACAUGAUAGGAGGUACCAUUUGGAAAAUUGUGAAGGACGGUGAGGAGGAGAUUGUUUACGCCGUGGACUUCAACCACAAGAGAGAAAUCCACCUGAAUGGCUGUUCUUUGGAGAGCAUCAGUCGUCCUUCCUUACUUAUUACGGACUCCUUCAAUGCUGCAUAUGUGCAGCCACGCCGUAAACAAAGAGACGAGCAGCUCCUUACUAAUGUAAUGGAGACCUUGCGGGGUGACGGUAAUGUCCUUAUUGCCGUGGAUACAGCUGGGCGCGUGUUGGAGCUGGCUCAGCUCCUGGAUCAGAUUUGGAGGACAAAGGACGCUGGUCUGGGAGUUUACCCACUAGCUCUGCUUAACAAUGUCAGCUACAAUGUGGUGGAGUUUUCCAAGUCCCAGGUGGAGUGGAUGAGUGACAAGCUCAUGAGGUGUUUUGAGGACAAGAGAAACAACCCGUUCCAGUUCCGUCACUUGACCCUGUGCCACAGUCUGGCAGACCUGGCCCGGGUGCCCAGCCCCAAGGUGGUGCUUUGCAGCCAGCCCGACCUCGAGUCUGGCUUUUCUCGAGAACUCUUCAUCCAAUGGUGCCAAGACACCAAAAACUCCAUUAUCCUGACCUACCGCACUACACCUGGAACCCUGGCUCGCUACCUCAUUGACAAUCCCGGAGAGAAGAUGCUGGAUCUGGAGGUGCGGAAAAGAGUGAAGCUGGAAGGCAAGGACCUGGAGGAAUACCUUGAAAAGGACAAAAUAAAGAAAGAAGCAGCUAAGAAACUUGAACAAGCAAAAGAGGUGGAUGUGGACACCAGCGAUGAGAGUGAUAUGGAUGAUGAUCUGGAUCAGCCAGCUGCAGUAAAAAACAAACACCACGACUUGAUGAUGAAGGGUGAGGGGAGCCGCAAAGGUAGUUUCUUCAAACAAGCCAAAAAGUCUUAUCCAAUGUUCCCCACGCACGAGGAAAGGAUCAAAUGGGACGAGUAUGGGGAAAUCAUCAGGCUGGAAGAGUUUCUUGUUCCUGAACUGCAAGCCACAGAGGAGGAGAAAAGCAAACUGGAAUCUGGGCUGACCAAUGGUGAUGAACCUAUGGACCAAGAUCUCUCUGUUGUUCCCACCAAAUGCAUCUCCAGUGUAGAAAACCUUGAGAUAAGAGCGAGGGUAACGUAUAUAGACUACGAAGGUCGCUCUGAUGGCGACUCCAUCAAGAAGAUUAUUAAUCAGAUGAAGCCAAGACAGCUUGUGAUUGUUCACGGGCCACCAGAGGCCAGCCUGGACCUGGCCGAGUCCUGCAAGGCUUUCAGCAAGGACAUCAAGGUCUACACACCCAAACUGCAGGAGACUAUAGACGCCACCAGCGAGACACACAUCUACCAGGUGCGGUUGAAAGACUCCUUGGUGAGCUCUCUGCAGUUCUGCAAAGCCAAAGACACGGAGCUCGCCUGGAUCGAUGGCGUGCUGGACAUGCGUGUGGUGAAGGUGGACACGGGCGUGAUGCUGGAGGAGGGUGUGAAAGAGGAGGUCGAGGACAGCGAUCUGGCCAUGGACGUCGUGCCUGAUCUUGGCAUUGAUCACAGCACUACAGCGGUGGCAGCGCAGCGUGCCAUGAAGAACCUGUUUGGAGAAGACGAGAAGGAGUUCUCUGAAGAGAGCGAUGUUAUUCCCACGCUGGAGCCACUGCCUCCACACGAGAUUCCGGGGCAUCAGUCAGUGUUCAUCAACGAGCCUCGCCUCUCUGACUUCAAGCAGGUCCUGCUGAGAGAAGGCAUCCAGGCCGAGUUUGUGGGAGGAGUGCUGGUAUGCAACAACAUGGUGGCCGUCCGCAGGACGGAGGCUGGACGCAUUGGCCUGGAAGGUUGCCUGUGUGACGACUACUAUAAGAUCCGGGAGCUGCUGUAUCAGCAGUACGCCGUGGUAUAGCAGCAGCAGAAGCAGAAGAAGCAGAAGAAGCAGAAGCAGAGCACACCAUGGCAAUACAGAGACAAUCCUUUACAAGAACUUUUCCCAGAGGACAAGAGUGUACUACACUUGGGCAACCUCUGCCCCAUGGGCGGCUCCAGCUGUUUUACUGCACACUUUGUUGUACAUUUUCCAUUUUUAUAAUUUUUUCCAGAUAACAAUGUUUUUUUAUUGUUAGUUUACCUGAAUUUCAUACACUUAAAACUCCUCCCACUGUACAGUAACAACCUAAUGCACUGGAUGGUCUACAGGAUGCUCUCCCCCUCAUAUUGUCAUUAAGAACAGUUAGUUUUCUUUUUCGUAAAUGCAUUGCUGUUGUCUCAGAUGUCCAUAGUUUGGUUUGGAUAUUAAACUUAAAAAAAACACAGUAAUUUUCACAUCCAUCCAUGAAGUAGUUAAAUGCUGUGGACCACUGUUGGUCCAUUGCUGGAAUUGUUGAGGUCACUAUAGAGUACAGUGGAUAUACACUUAGUGACCACUUUAUUAGCUACCUCUGUGCAAUCUGAUGCAAUACAUUACAAUUGUUCUGCCAUAAAGUCUGCUCUUAUGAUGUAAUGUUCAGUUUUCAAUUCAGUGUUUUAGCCCUGAGGUCACAGUGAUGUGUUAUGGUGGACUGCAUAAUAUUCAGAGGUGUUUCUACAAUUCUGCCACCAUUUCCAAUCAUGUAUGGUAAUAGGGAGAUCAAAAACUUAGGAACACCUCUCAAUACUCAAUAGGUACGUACAACAACACCUUUUAACUAUCACCGAAGUGAAAAAAGAACAACAUGUAAUUGGAUUAACACAUUUCCAACAAAAAAAACAAAAAACAAACAUUGUAAUCCCUUGUGAAGGUAGAAUUUAUGGUAGAGCUGUUGUAUUGUACAGGAAUACCUAAUAAAGUGGCCACUGAGUGUAUUUCACGCUCAGGAUUUGCACACUCAAAUAUAAUGGCAGAGGAAAAAUGUAUUGUUUGCUAUAGUAAACCAUGAGUUUUGUUUACAUAUUCUUUGAACAUAUAUUUCCAUGUUACUCAAA